UUAUAUUUAUAAUUAGACCUAGGCCUACCUAUCUCCUCCAGUGUUAUUUUUUGAGGGACAAGAAAUUCGCGAAUGAUGUGAUGAUAACGAUGUUCUCAUACACAAGCUGAAAUCCAACGAGUUCUGAAAUCAAAAGGGAUUUCUUGAUCAAAAUGAAGUUCCUGUCCAUCCUCCAGCUGAUCUGUGCCUGUGUGCUUGUCGGAGACUUUGGUUUGCAUGGUGUGACCUCAGAAGAUGCUGGAUUAGACCCAGAGCUUCACAGUGAAGGAGUAGUUCAGAAUGAACGUGAUGGAGACAUUGUGCACGAUGCCAUGGACAAGAAUGUGCACAAGUCUGAGCUGAAAGAACCAGACUUCAGUGAUGAAGAUAGUCACAGAGAUGAUGUGACUCUUGAUGUGAAGGAAAAUGGUGUAAAUGAACGUUCUGGGAGCAGUGAGGAAACGGUCAGUGAAACAGAUGCCCAACCCCAUGCCGCCAGGGAUCAGGCACAGAGUGGUUCGCCUGAUCAUUGUGAAUCUAAAAGUGACGAGAGUAAUGGCGGAGGUGAGGAGGAAGAAUGCAAGGGGAGAGAUGGCUCUGAUGAUGGUCAAGCUGAUACUACGAAUGAAAGCGGUUCGGAGCCGGGUGACACAGUCGUUCAGAUGAGUGUUGUGUCACCGUCGCUGCAGAUGGUUGUUCCCGAGUCUGGGGAGAGCGGCUCAGUGAGCGGUGAAGACCAACAAGAAUCGACCGAUGGAGAAGAGGAGCAGCCUCGGUCAAAGCAGCGCUUCUUUCCCCUCCUGUACACGUUCCGGACACUCUUCACCUCCUUCUUAGCUGAGUUCACGGACGACAGCCAAGAGGCGGCGAGUAACUCGUCCGAGCCCUCGGGGGCAAACUCCACAGCUACGGAGUUGUUGGACAAGGACAAUAACUCAACAGGGAAUGGAACAGAUACGGGGAAAAAGACAAGAUUUCAGUGUGCUCCAAAGAAUAUCUCAGAAAAUACCACAGGAGAGGUAAAAGUUGUGAACAGUACAGAGCUCCUCGAGAUUCUGAACUUUAGCAAGAACCAGAAAGUGUCGACGUGUGUGUUGGUGAUGUUCUACGCCCCCUGGUGUCACUUUUGUGCUCGCACAGCCCCACACUACAACGCUCUUGCCCGGGCCUACCCUCAGCUGGAUGUGCUGGCAGUGGACACUUCUCAUUUUAGCUAUCUGAAUGCAAGAUUCGGGACGGUAGCUGUUCCAAACGUGAUGCUGUUCCACUCCCGUUCGGCAGUGCGCUUCAACCACUCCAGCAGAGUCCUUGACAACUUUAUAGAUUUUGUCACCAACAACACAGGAAUGGAGCCCAACGUGUCUGUGACGGUGGAGCCGUUUGACUACUUCGGCCCCCUGCCCAGUACAGCGGUGCGGGGGCGGGACUGGCUGCUGUGGCUGGCCUGGGCCUUCGUGUUGUCGUGCUCGGGCUACGGGUUUGUGUGCAGUCACUACGGACAGGGGCUUAUCACACGACUACGGGUGUUGUGGCAGGAGCAUCAGCAUAUAGAGUAGAGGAGGAGGAGGUG